ACUGGGACCGGGACCGGGACCGGAACCGGCGCCGGGCGCGUUUCGGGGCCGGGCCGGGCCAUGGCGAGCUCGGAGCGGAGCGCGCUGCUCACGUACCGCCUGUGCGGCGGCUCGGGCGAGGAGGAGCGGGGCCGGGAGCGCGGCCGGGCCGCCGCCGCCGCCGCCCCCCGCAAGCUGCCCACCUUCUUGGGCGUUGUGGUGCCCACGCUGCUUUCCAUGUUCAGCGUCGUCCUCUUCCUGCGCCUCGGGUUCGUGGUGGGCCAUGCUGGGUUGUACCAAGCCCUGGCCAUGUUCGCAGUGGCAUACUUCAUCAUCGGCAUGACGGUGCUCUCCGUGUGUGCCAUCGCCACCAACGGGGCACUGGAUGCCGGAGGAGCCUACUAUAUGAUCAGCCGUGCCCUGGGCCCGGAGUUCGGGGGCAGCAUCGGGAUCAUGUUUUUCCUGGCCAACGUGUGUGGCAGUGCCCUCUACGUGCUGGGGCUGGUGGAGGCGGUGGUGGACAGCUUUGGGAUCCCACCUGGGCAAAAAGUGGGCACAGGCGUCCACGUCCUGCCCCAGAGCUACUGGUAUGAGCUGCUCUACGGUACCGUGCUGCUGGCCCUCUGCCUCGUCGUGUGCCUUGUGGGUGCCUCCAUCUACGCCAAAGCCACCUUCCUUAUCUUCCUCAUCGUCGCAGGUGUCCUAGGCACCAUCCUCAUCAGCUUCUUUGCUACACAGCCCCUUGGGGUGCCCAUCCAUCUGCCCCACUUCAAUGUCUCCGAGACUGAGAAUGGCUCCUUCACCGGCUUCUCCCUUGCCACCCUGCGAGAAAACCUGGGGGGUGGGUACGGGGUGGACUACACCACCGGGCAGGUGAUGAGCUUCAGCUCCGUCUUUGCGGUGAUGUUCAAUGGCUGCACCGGCAUCAUGGCAGGCUCCAACAUGUCAGGAGACCUGAAGCGCCCAAGCUACUCCAUCCCGCGGGGCACUAUCUCUGCUGUGCUCUUUACCUACCUCGUCUACAACCUGCUGGCUUUCCUCAUGUGUGCCACCUGCAACAGGAUCCUCCUGCAGAAAGACUACGGCUUCUUGCGUGACAUCAGUAUCUUCCCACCCUUGGUCACCGUGGGCAUCUAUGCUGCCACCCUCUCUGCGGCCAUGAGCAACCUCAUCGGGGCAUCCCGCAUCCUCUAUGCCCUGGCCCGGGAUGAUCUCUUUGGCCGGGCGCUGGCGCUGGCUAAGAAGACAUCUUCCAGUGGGAACCCAGUGAUGGCGGUGAUCCUCUCCUGGCUGGUGGUUCAGCUGGUGCUCUUCUCUGGGAAGCUCAACACCAUUGCAGGGGUUGUGACCACCUUCUUCCUCCUGGUUUAUGCCACUGUCAACCUGGCCUGCCUGGCACUGGAGUGGGCAUCAGCCCCCAACUUCAGGCCCACCUUCCGGUACUUCACCUGGCACACGUGCCUGCUGGGCAUUGCGGGCUGCUGCGUCAUGAUGUUCCUCAUCAGCCCCGUGUCAGCCUCAGCGAGCCUGGGCUUCCUCCUCGUCCUCCUCCUUGCUCUCCACUACCUCUCACCCAGCAGCACCUGGGGCUACAUCAGCCAGGCUCUCAUCUUCCACCAGGUGCGGAAGUACCUGCUGAUGCUGGAUGUGCGGAAGGACCAUGUCAAGUUCUGGCGCCCACAGAUGCUGCUGAUGGUGCAGAACCCACGGGGCAGUGCCCGCCUCAUCGACUUUGUCAAUGACCUCAAGAAGAGCGGUCUCUAUGUCCUGGGCCAUGUCGAGCUGCAGGACUUGGACAUGCUGCCCUCAGACCCGCUCCAGCCCCAGCAGGACUCGUGGCUGAGCUUGGUGGACAAGCUGAACGUCAAGGCCUUUGUCAGCCUCACCCUUGCGCCCUCGGUGCGACAUGGUGUCCGGCAGCUCCUCUUCACCUCUGGCCUUGGUGGGAUGCGUCCCAACACACUAGUGCUGGGCUUCUACGAUGACGCAGAACCGCAGGAUGGUCUAGCCCAGCACCCUGCCUUCACCAGCGCCCGCGAGGAGGUCCCCCUGGGCUUCCCCCCUCUGCGGGCGCCCACCGCCCCCAAGCUGCUGUCAGCCCGGGAGUACGUGGGCAUCGUGGCUGAUGCCCUGAAGAUGCUUCGCAAUGUCCUGCUGGCCCGGCAGCUGGAGAGCCUGGACAAGGCCUGGGAGUUGCGGCGGGCUGCCAGCCCCCCACCCACCAUCCACGUCUGGCCCGUCAACCUGCUGCGGCCUGACAGCGCCCGCUAUGCUGACACCUGCAGCCUUUUCCUGCUGCAGAUGGCCUGCGUCCUCAACAUGGCGCGGGCCUGGCGCCGGGCCCGCCUGCGCCUCUUCCUCUGCGUGGAGGCAGGCGCCAUGCCCCAUGCCCAGGAGGAGAAGCUGCGCCAGCUCCUCAAGGACUUGCGCAUCCAGGCCCAGAUCCAGCUGGUGCCCUGGGACACCAUCACCCGCCUACACUGGCAAACCUGCCGGGGACCCCCUGGGGGGCCUGCCGGAGAGGUGGAGGAGGAGGAGGAGGAGGAAGGGUCCGUGAACUUCCCGGUCAAUGCUGCCCAAGUGUCGGAUGAGUACGUCUGCGCCGCCAACAAACUCGUCCUGGAGCAGAGCCCUGCGCCAGCCGUGCGCUUCCUCUAUUUGCCGCGGCCGCCGGCCGACACCAGCCUCUACCCGCUGUACCUGCACCAGCUGGAGCUGCUCACCCGUGGGCUGGGCCCCACCGUGCUGGUGCACGGGGUGAGUGCCGUCACCAGCACCCAGCUGUAGGUCACCCCCGAGUUCCCCCUCGGCUCCCUGCACUCUCUUUCGCCCAGUGCCUUUAGCAGCCCGAGCCUGGGGCUGCCCCCAGCCCUGGCGUCCUCACCCUGGUGGGCAGGGAGGGGUCUGUGCCCCCAGGCUGGGAGGUUGGGGGGUGUGUGUGUGUGUGUGUGUGUUGGGGGGAUGGAUUGGUUUUUGGGGGAGUGUCUCCUGCAGAGGAUUAAAGCUGGCCCUGGCAGGAUCCGGGCACAGCCCUGGCACCGGCUGCGCAGCGCGGUGCAUUCACGGUGCCUUUUCUUUGGGGUGGGUGGGGAGGGGGGGAUAUUGGGGUCCCAGGGAAUGCCAAGCACGGGGUGGCCCAGUUGGCUGCUGGGAGCCCCUUGGUUGCACCCUGCACCCCCUCCCUCCCCCUGCUUCCCCCUCCCACAGCCCCCAGCCUCUCCUCCGCCAGCUCCUCCGGGCACCCAGCCAGCAGCGGGGAUUGAUUAAAGGCAGCCUCGACCUUGGUGCCCCGGCUCCCCGCCAUCCUCCCUGCCUUUCAUUAGGAAAAAUUAAAUGGGAAGGAGUGGGGGAGGGGAGCCCGGAUGCCUGGGUUCCCUGCGUGAGGCUGGGGGUGGUGGCAGGGGGGAGCAGUCAGGUGCUGGCCAUGAUGGCUGUGGGUAUGGCACUCUGGAUCUUACUCAGCAGCCCCAGUACUGCUUUAAUCUGUAGCUUCCCCCCACCCCCACCAUGGGGUCUGAGCUUCUGGUCCUGGCAGGGAGGGAUGGAAAUGAUCCGGGGUCUGGGGGGGCUCACCCAAACACCUGGGUCCUCUGGCCUUGCUCUGGGACCUGUUUCAUGGGGCGUUGCCAUCUCCCUGCACCCAUCGUGACCUGCACGGAGGAGCUGGCUUUUGCCCCUUGCCCUUCCCUUAUUGAUUAUAGAGGAGGGCAGGAAAUUGCCUGGGCGCUGGGUGAUAAAUCCAUCGGGUACCUGGCAGAUGGGCAGCAUGCCCAGACCCUGCCUGAUGGAUUGCUUCCUAUUAGCCCCGGCACGGUGGAGGGGGCUGCUCCGGGCCAGGCUGGACGCCAGUGGCAGGGACAAGCAUGGCACUGCUGCCUGUGCCCCUUCUCCACAAGCCUGGCACUGCCCGUUGCUACUCUGCUCAGCCGGAGGGCUGGAAAAACCCAGGAGGCUGGGUGCUGCUGGGGAGAAAAAAGGGCGGGGGGGCAUUGCUCCCCACACUUUGCAGUGGGUUGUGCCCAAAUCCUCACCUUGGUGCGUGGGCAGGGGGCUGGGCUGGCUUUGCUCCCUGCUGCCAGAGGUGGGUGCCCUGGGGUGGGCACUGCGCGACCCGCAGGCUUUAUUUACAAACAGGCGGGAGCUGGCACAGGGCAGCCGGGCACCAGUGGGACCCAGCGGCCUAUAAUGUUAAUUAUCACCACGUAAUUAAAAGCCCAUAAAAAGCC